GCCGUGUGCCCUUUAAAAUUCCAGAGAGAGCGUGUUUGUGUGUGUGUGUGUGUGUGUGUGUGUGUGUGUGUGUGUGUGUGUGCACUGUAAUUUAAAUGAAUGGACCUGGAAGUGUACAGGAACUCAGCUGCGCCUAACAGACAAGCUGCGUUCACCAAAAACAGGAGUUACAGAAAAGUGGAAUUGAAUGGCUUCAAAGGAAAAGACGGUGGCUCUGGCCAGGCUGCUGCAUGAGGACUGCACCCAGCUCCUGGAGUUAUACACGACUCGGGAAACUCUGCCGUCUAACUCAGUAUCUGGCUCACAGUUGGUGUCCAUCCCUCCAUUAACACCUCAACUAUCAUCCACUGAGAAGAUCUGCUUCCUGCACGCUGCGCUCCGAGCGUGUCUCCAUCUGAUGGACAAGGCCAUAACCCGUGAGGACACCAUGUUCCCCGACAUACCUGAGGACGAGUACAUAAAGCAACGAAAAACUGUCAGAGACAGACUGUCGCACCUGGUGUUCAGCACAGAGCGCCUCCUGGUGGGUCAAAAGAGAUUUGACGCUGAGGAAAAGGAUUUGAUGGAUGGUAGUGGGACGUUUGCUCUGAAGAAGUGGAUCCUCCAGGUUCUGCAGGAUGUUGUGCACUGGUCCAAGAAGACAGCUGAAACUCUCCAGAACCUGCCUGCUCUCACAAGAGCCAAGAGAACAACGAGAACGAGAAGAGCGACAAGAAAGCAGGGGGCACGCAAACUACACAAAUAAACACAUACAGAGUGUGUGUAUUACAGAGAGAGAAAGAGAGAGAGAGAGAGAGAGAGAGAGAGAGAGAGAGAGAGAGAGAGAGAAAGAGAGAGAAUGGAAGGAAAACAUAAAAAUCACAACUAAACCCCACUUUAGUAAAACAAAAUGAUCUCGAAACAGUAAUUUUAUGGCAAUUUUAUUUGCCUGGGUAAAUUUUAAUUUCUCUAAUGUGUCGCCCUCUAGUGGCCAAACGACAUUAUAACUUUACAACAACAACAAAAUCGAUUUUUAUCUUUCGUCUCUUUUGGGAAUAUAAACCAGGAGGUAACAUUGGUACUAAAGGACAUUUAAAAUUCAAUUUGGAAAGUAACCAACAUAUAUUUAUGUAAUUAUCUUCAGUAUAUAUGAUGUUGCAGAACAUACACAGAUUGUGUAUAAAAUCAUGAUCUAUUUAUAUUUUCCAUACUAUUUUUUUCUUGGUCUCCAGGAUACUAAGUUACUAAGUUCUACAUGUAGCUCUAUAUAUAUCAGAGUUAGGAACCAGAUAAAAUGACCACAAUAAUAAACAUCCACCACGGUAAUCUUCAUAAACAUUAGGAACUAAUCAUCUUUGAUGACUGUGAACUCAAAUCAGAUUUAUUUCCAUUCACAUUUGACAUCUUGUGGAGUGUGAGAUCUUAUUAUUUCAUCCUAUCUUAUUUUUUUAAUAUUAAGAUUUUUUUCCAAAUACGAAUAUUGCAAUUUUAUUCCCUGAAUAUUAAAACCUAUCACUUUGUUUAUCAAAAGGUUACUAAAAGGUUUUAUUGGUAUUUUUCCCAGUGACAUUGUUACACUUUACCAACAAGUAUGGUCACAGAAACAUUUGACAUUUUUGUCAAUUUAAGCUACAAUAGCAAAAAAAGUUUUUGUUACUAAUCAGUUACAGAUAAAUGUUUAUUUACCACAAACCAGUGCAGCAUAGAGUCAGUGUUAUAGAGUUAUUAAAGUGAAUGUGAUUGUAUGUUUACUGAUCUGAUGCUAUCGACAGUCAUGAUCAUUUGUCGUCAUUUGCUGAAAUUGGGGGUUAAGAACACCACCUCAUCCCAUUUUUACCAGUAUGUCUUUUGAUUAUUGAGGAUAACUUGUUUGUUUUUUCCCAGUCUGAGGUCCAAAAUACCAAGUAUUAUGUUUUAGUCGAAAACCACAAUAGUGUCAUGUAUAUUUUUAGUACAGCAGCGCCCCCUGGUGUACCUACUGAGAAUCUUAAAUCCAAAAAGAUAAAUGUAAAAAAAAAAAAAGUGCUGUAUGUAUGUUAACUAAACGUUAAUGCUCUAAACAACAACAGGACUCAAGGAGAAAACCACAGUUAUCAGUAUAAAGCUAGUAAGUUUUAAAAGCAGCAGGUAACAUCUUAAUUGACAGCUAAAACAUUUUUAAAAAUGGCUGACGUCGAAACAUAAACAUUCUCUCAUUCGGAUAAGAAUGGAAACACAUUCCUGUCCGUUAUGUCCUGAAAACCUCCUUCACAUAUUUUUUUCAGAGCUAGUGGUGUUUCCCAGCUUUAACACUACACACCAGAGUGGAUUUGACCAGCCGAAUGCCUGAACAAAAUCAACACACACUGAAUAAACACUAAAGGCGUCUCAGCAUACAUUCACACUAGCACGUAACAGACGAUCGUUCGUUCUACACACAUUUCUCCUACGUCCACGCGUGACACAGAGCUGCUACCUCAACGGAAAAGCAACAAGUAGAUUUUCUCAACUUUAAUCAAAUUAGCGUUGUUGCUAUUUAGCAAUUGAGUCCUCCGAUUCUACAGCACACAUAAUUCACAAAUUUAGUUCCUUCCUGAUAUAAAUGUGAAAGAAAAGCCUGCUAGCAUGGGUUUGUCUUAUCCUGUCUUAUUAUGUGUAUAGAAACAUUACCAGAGCGAGUAGAAAUGAUUGUUAGUGUGUGUAGCUAAGACAGUUAGCUUGCUUUGCUAAUCUAAUCUGAGUACAUUACAUUUCACACUGAUUAUUGUGAUUUAAUGAGUAUUUAACUAUCACACAUAUCUGAAUAUGAUGAGCAGAUACAUGAAGGAUUUACCUUAAAGGUCGAGAGAUUUUUAAUAUAUAAAUAAUAUCAUAUAGAAUAAAGAUGCGUGAAAUAGAGACGACAAACAUGCGACUACUGAUAUAAUACUUGCUCUCUGGAAUCGGUUUUAUUUUCUUAUAUUUCACUGAUUGUGAGGGAAAAAUGUUUAUAUCUGCUUAAAAUACCAUUAAAUUUGAAUCUAUAAAA